UGGCCUGUAACCGUGGAGACAAGUCUCGAACCAGCUCCAUCCUUUAUCAAUUUUCAGCAUCUUUAGCCAUUAUCAUCUUCAACCUUCCUCCACUCACGAUUCACAAUUAUUCCGAAAACAACACUUUUAUAUAGUAAAUCCCUUACAGCCUCCUCAACCGUAGCCAUCAACCGCGCAGAACAUUGAAUACCCAGGAAAAUAAACCCACAGAACCCCGUCCUCCUUUCAGCCUUAUCAGAAGAUCCUCGAGAUGGAACACCACGGAGACAUACCCUCGCAGUAACGCCUCCAAGAAGACGAACCAGACUGAAAACUAACCCCAGAAAGAACUCCGAUGCGUGAUCCGAUGACCCCUAGCGGUUGUGAAUGAUCUAUUGGAAAGAUUGGCUUUUCUUCAUGGAAACAGUUAAUAAACUACCUUUGCUGAGCAAUAAGGACGGGGAUUAUUCAAGAUUUAGUUGAUACUGUGUGUUCUAGACAUUGUGCAGAGUGUUAGAGUAAGUGAAAAACAUGGGUGAUUUUGUGGAUGAAGUGCAUAAUAGAGAUGGUGGGGUGGUUAGUUCUUCUAAAAGGGAUGUUAUAGCGUUUGAAGGGGAUGCAGAUUUUGAGCCACGCAAUGGCAUUGAAUUUGAAUCGCAUGAGGCAGCAUACACAUUCUAUCAAGAAUAUGCCAAAUCUAUGGGAUUCACCACUUCAAUUAAAAACAGUCGUCGCUCGAAGAAAUCAAAAGAAUUCAUUGAUGCCAAAUUUGCAUGUUCCAGAUAUGGAGUCACUCCAGAAUCAGACAGUGGGAGCAGUCGGCGGCCAAGUGUGAAAAAGACGGAUUGCAAAGCCAGCAUGCAUGUGAAGAGAAGGCUGGAUGGGAAGUGGAUUAUUCAUGAAUUCAUAAAGGAGCACAAUCAUGAGCUUUUACCUGCUCUAGCAUAUCAUUUUCGAAUUCAUAGAAAUGUAAAGUUAGCUGAGAAGAAUAAUAUUGACAUUUUGCAUGCUGUUAGCGAACGAACUAGAAAGAUGUAUGUUGAAAUGUCUAGACAAUCUGGUGGAUAUCAAAAUAUUGGGUUUCUUCAGAGUGACAUGAGUUAUCAGUUUGAUAAAGGCCGGCACUUGAAUUUGGACGAGGGAGAUGCCCAAGUUAUGCUUGAGUACUUUAAGCGUAUUCAAAAGGAGAAUCCCAACUUCUUCUAUGCGAUGGAUUUGAAUGAAGAGCAGCGUUUGAGAAAUCUAUUUUGGGUUGAUGCCAAAAGUAGGCAUGAUUACGUCAGUUUUAACGAUGUUGUUUCUUUUGAUACUUCCUAUAUCAAAAGCAAUGAUAAAUUGUCAUUUGCUCCUUUUGUUGGGGUGAACCAUCACUGUCAGUCCAUGUUGCUUGGAUGUGCAUUGGUUGCAGAUGAGACUACAUCAACAUUUGUUUGGUUAAUGAAAACAUGGCUUAGAGCAAUGGGUAGGCAAGCUCCCAAAGUGAUAAUCACUGAUCAAGACAAAGCCUUGAAGGCAGCCAUUGAGGAAGUCUUUCCAAAUACACGGCAUUGCUUUUCUCUUUGGCAUAUAUUGGAAAAAAUUCCUGAAAGUUUAGCUCAUGUGAUCAAACAGCAUGAGAAUUUUUUGCCAAAAUUCAACAAGUGCAUUCUCAAGUCAUGGACGGACGAACAGUUUGACAUGAGAUGGUGGAAAAUGGUUACUAGAUUUGAACUUCAAGAUGAUGAAUGGAUACAGUCCUUGUAUGAAGAACGAAAAAAGUGGGUGCCUACUUAUAUGGGGGAUACUUUUUUAGCUGGAAUGUCUACACCUCAGCGUUCUGAAAGUAUGAACUCUUUUUUUGACAAGUAUAUUCAUAAGAAAAUUACUCUGAAAGAGUUUGUGAAACAAUAUGGGACAAUUUUACAAAAUAGGUAUGAAGAAGAAGCCAUAGCAGAUUUUGAUACAUGGCACAAACAACCUGCAUUAAAAUCUCCUUCGCCUUGGGAAAAGCAAUUGUCAACAGUUUACACGCAUGCAAUAUUCAAGAAAUUCCAAGUUGAGGUUUUAGGUGUAGUUGGCUGCCAUCCUAAAAAAGAAAGCGAAGAUGGAACAACUACUACAUUUAGAGUUCAAGAUUGUGAGAAGGAUGAAUAUUUUAUGGUAACAUGGAAUGAAUCAAAGUCGGAGGUUUCUUGUUUCUGUCGUUUGUUUGAUUACAAAGGUUUCCUGUGUAGACAUGCAAUGAUUGUUCUCCAAAUUUGUGGUCUUUCAAGCAUUCCACCUCAUUAUAUUUUGAAGAGGUGGACAAAAGAUGCAAAGAGCAGGCACUCAAUGGUUGAAGGAGCAGAAAGGAUACAGACUAGGGUGCAACGUUACAAUGAUUUAUGUAAACAAGCCAUUGAAUUGAGUGAAGAAGGAUCAUUAUCCGAGGAGAGUUAUAGUAUUUCUUUUAGGGCACUAGUAGAAGCUCUGAAGAACUGUGUGAAUGUGAAUAACUCAAACAUCAAUAUUGCAGAAUCCGGUAGCAAUGUUCAUGGUGUUCGUGAAGAAGAGGAGAAUCAACGAAGCCUGAGAGCUAAAACAAGCAAGAAGAAGAGUACAUAUAGGAAAAGAAAGGUACCAUCAGAGCCAGAUGUUAUACUUGUUGAGGCGCAAGACAGCUUGCAACAAAUGGAUAAUCUAACCUCCGAUGGAAUGACCCUUAAUGGAUAUUAUGGCACUCAACAGAAUGUGCAAGGACUGGUGCAGUUGAACUUGAUGGAGCCACCUCAUGAUGGGUACCAUGUUAAUCAACAAGGCAUGCAGGGGCUGGGGCAAUUGAAUUCAAUAGCACCCAGCCAUGAUGGUUUUUUUGGCACUCAACAAAGCAUUCAUGGGCUGGGACAAUUGGAUUUUCGACCUCCAACAAAUUUCACUUAUAUCCUUCAGUAGCAGGAUGAAGCCCAUUUACGAUCCUCGCAGUUGCACAACAGUGCUUCAAGGCAUGCAUGAUGAAGAAACAACGUUGAGUACCUGGAUUCAGUUGCCUCUCUUGGAGGUGGCUAUUAUCAAUGCUAUGUCCAGGAACAGAGUUCCUCCUGGAUAUUGUUAUAUGGGAAGUUAACUUGCAGAAUUUGGGCUGGUUAUAUUAAUCCCCCAGAAAUUAUUUAUGCAUCAUGGCUAUAGCUGUUAUAGCAACACAACUUGAGAGCAGUAGUAAUCCGGAUGAAUUUAAUGGAUCCAUCGCCUAAAGGUACCAAAUGCUCGUAAGAAUUGGAAAUUUAUGCUGUUCGAGGAGAAACAUGCUUCUGACGGGUUAAAUGUAAAACGAUGUCUUCACCGUGUAGACAAUAUUAAGAAUUCAAUUUUUCUUGCACAUUAGAGACAUCAUAAAAUUACUGCAAAACAGCUCUUCCUUUGUAAAUGCUACUUGUAUCAUUAUGUUUGAAAUUGAUUUAGUGGCGUGGGUUUGAUUCU